UUUUUUUUUCAAUUAGCUAAAAUAUCUAGAGAAUUUGAUCAAUAGACAAGGCACUAUUUCUAGUUAGAGAUUUAGGAUGUAAACCAAAACCAUUGCCAUUGAGUUGACUCUAACUCAUACUGACACUUACAGGACAGAGUAGAACUGCCCAAUGGAGUUUACAAGAAGCCCCUUCCCCUCCUCUUGAGGAGUUUCCAAGGAGUGCCUGGUAGAUGUGAACUGCCCAACUUUUGGUCAGCAACCAUAGCACUUAACCACUAAGUCACCAGGGUUUCCUGGAAACAGUUAUUUAAUCUCAUAUUAGAUAUAGGGUCAGUUUAAAAAGAAGAAUUUUCAUGAGGCUGGUAUCCUUUAAUUCCAAGGUAUAUGCACUCGUAGGGUACAAAAAAAAAGAAUGUCAAAUUUUUAACAUUUGGUUUUGGUACAAUACUUCUCGUUUUAGACAAGACAUGCAGCUCUGGUAUCAUGGUUCCUGUCAAUAGCACCAGCUCCAUUUUCUCCACCUUCCUGGUGACAGGCAUUCCUGGAGUGGAAGCUUGUCACAUCUGGAUCUCCAUACCCUUCUGUGCCAUGUUCUUCAUUUCCUUGGUUGGCAACGUGACCAUCAUAAUGGUUAUAUGGAGGGAGCAGACCUUCCAUGUGCCUAUGUAUCUCUUCCUGGCCAUGCUGGCUGCCUCUGAUCUAGGUCUAUCCCUCUUCACUUUCCCCACAAUGCUAAGGAUCUUCUGGCUGGAUGCCCGAGAGCUGACCUUCUCUGCUUGCUUUACUCAAAUGUUCUUCAUUCACUUGUUCCAGGUUUCUGAGUCAGCUGUCAUCCUGGCGAUGGCCUUUGACCGCUAUGUGGCCAUUUCUCGUCCAUUGCACUAUUCCUCCAUCCUUACUAAUAGCAUAAUUACCAGGAUAGGUUUGGCCAUUUUUGUACGAACCUUGACUGUACAGGUGCCUCUUCCCAUCCUCUUGAGGAGACUGUGCUUCUGUCACUCCAAUGUCCUUUCCCAUUCCUACUGCCUGCAUCCUGACAUCAUAAAGCUCUCCUGUUCCAACACUAGGAUCAAUAGCAUCUUGGGAUUGUUUGUGGUACUUUCCACUAUGGGACUUGAUUUUCUCUUCAUUCUCCUUUCUUAUGUGCUGAUUCUGAAAACCGUGCUAAGCAUUGCAUCCCAUGGUGGUCGCCUCAAGGCCCUCAACACUUGCAUUUCACACCUCUGUGCUGUGGUCCUCUUUUUCACCCCCAUGAUCUGCCUGUCGAUGUUACACCGCUUUGGCCCAAGGCUUCCCUCACACAUCUAUGUGCUCGUGGCUAACAUGCACUUCCUCAUUCCUCCUGUGAUGAACCCCAUUGUCUAUGUGGUGAAAACCAAGCAGAUACGAGAUAAAAUUCUGAAACUCUUCAUCAAGAAAGGACCUGGAGAAUCCUGAAUUUCAUUUAUGACAUACAUGUCGAUAAAUGGAUAUAACACUAGAUGGGC